UGUGGACAACGCGACAACGCAAUCCCACGCAAUCACACCCUUGCCCCUUGCCAGCCUUCCUACCGUUCGCCGAAGGAGCUAAAGAGCCCGAGGCAGGCCCGAGGUCCCUGAGGAACGUCCUCCAUAUACCAUCUUCCGCGCAGGACCGGCAUUACAUAGCCCCGCUCUGCAACUGUGUGGUCUACAUUCCACUUAUGCCGCAAACGUACAGACCCAACCCUCGGUCAAAGCGACGGAUCCUGGUUACCGUUCUGUAUGGGUCCCAGAAGGUCGAGAACUUUGCCGUAGACCCGUCCUCUUCCCUCCCAAGUAUAAUAAAGUCGUUGUGGCUAUCCCAUUUUUCGCUGUCUGGAAACCCGACCAACUACUGCCUGCGAAUCGUCGAAACAGAGGAACUAGUUACACAGGAGAGAUUAAAGUGGAAACUGACCGAUGGAACGACACUGAAGCUCGUCCCUUCGCCGGCCCUGAUGGCGGCGGAGAUGGCUCGGGAUCUUACACCGGAGGACGAUCAGGCAGUCCUCAAACGCAGCAUCUUUCUGCUGCAGAAAUACCUGAAGGAAGACGAAUUUGUCGACGAAUUCGUUACUCUCGGUGGGCCAGAGAAGCUGCAAGACAUCAUAAUCACAUCAGAAGGGAAUACAUUAGCUUAUGCGCUGACGUCGCUGCAAACGUUGAUGGAACAUGACCGCGGAUGGGAAUCAUUCAGCCCACAAUUCAUAAGCACGCUAGUUGCGAUAAUAGUGAAGCAAAACCUGGUGAACAUCUGUCGACCGGCCACCGCCAUUAUCAUCAAGCUAGUUGCUGCCAAUGCAAACAAUAACUCCUCUGCCAUACAAAGCUACGGAUUUGAUGUCGUCAAUAACGCCAUCUCCUCGCAAGCCUCUUUUCUGCCUACGCUGAUUCAGCGUCUCUCGGCUACCGAUUAUCUGCUUCAAUUGAACUCAUUAUCGUUAUUGAACUCGCUAUUCCGCCACGUUACCGAUCGCGCUCGUGGGGACUUCGUGCAAAUGCUCGAUGCUCUGAAGACCAGGAGGGUCAUUGUAAAUCUGAUGCACAGCAACCCAGCUGAAGAGCUGAAGGCGCAAUUGAUAGAUUACCAGCGGCUUCUCGUCGCGGAAGGCCACCGGCGACGGAAGACACCGGUGGAUUUUAGAAAUCCUUCUCAUGCGGAAAAACUGGCAGACAUCUGGGAGUUAUCACGCAUAGCACCUGGGACUGCUCCGGAUUGGAAGCGAAUAGGAUUUACGAGCCUCUCCCCUCACAAAGAUUUGAAUCGCGUCGGUGUAUUGGGCCUUGAAGUGAUGCACUACUUUGUGCAUUAUGAUACUGCCACCUACCAGAGCUGGUUCGAUGAACAACCCGGUCAGGAGCCAGAGCAUGCAUGCCCAUUUGGGCGAGCGGCAAUAGAGGUUUGCGAGAUCAUGGCGGAUCAUUGGGAGGUCAGCACUGGAUAUUCCACUACGACCACGUAUCAGCCGCUACUUCUCCUGUAUCAGGAUGUGUUUUGCAUUCUGGCUCAAUCCUUUUUGCGGAUAUGGCGGGAAAUGGACCUGGAGUCCACUGACAACGAUGUGCCACGCGUUUCAACCCUUGUUCGCUCACAAUUCAAACACGCUGUGGAAUCUGUUCAGCGCAAUUCGAACGACGUGGUGGCAGCAUUCCGCACAUUAGUGCUGGAUACCCCAUAUUCAGCCAUCCGCGAACGGCAGCUCAAGAAUCUGGAAGUGGAGGACCAGCUACUGUCGAAGCCUCCAGUGCGAAACCUCCGGGAACGUUUCUACAAGGAAAGCUACGAAACCGUGAAACGGCAAAGAAUAGAUCGGCUCAAGUAUGGUGCUUGGUUUCCCGUUGUCAGGGAAAAGGGCCGGAUAAAGGGGCUGUACAGAUUCUAUCGAUUGGGAGCCAACCAUAAAUUCCUGCAUUACGGAGAAUUUGUGGAGGUACUGAAACGGCGUCCGGGAAUAGAAGAAUUGAGCGAACGCAUUGACAUGUCUUUAGCAACCGGUCUUCUGACGGGUCUCUCCUCCCCCGUGUUCAGCAGCAAGAAGAAUGCCGGGGAAACAGCUGCACUUUGCUUCUCGCUCAAAUCCUCUUCCUCCUCGGAUACAGCGUCUCCCACCAUGGCGGACUUUAUCUGCUCAACCCAAGUUCAGUAUUCGGAAUGGACGGACGGUUUCAACAUGUUGCUCGACAAGAACAUUGUGAACCGGGACACCGCUGACUACAUAGCCGCGCUCACUGAUGUCGCGGUCACCCUUGCUCUCCUGGAUCUCACUGGCGAGAACAUCGACGUCGUGGCGGCCGCCACGGAGACCGAGGCCGGCAGCGAGCUCGAAUACCCGACAGGACCGUUCUACUACGACGACGGCGGCAGCCACGCGAUGAGUUCGUCCAUCGAUUCCUUGGGCACGCAGUUGACUGACGGACGAGCCGAGUAUCGAUUCCGGCGACACAGUCUCGGCCGGCUGUACACUCACGAGGAUGGGAUAUCGGAAGCGUCGGAUGACAAUGACGACGAUGGGGAGACCUUCUCGGAAGCGGGCGGCUCGCAGUUUGAGACUGCGAGUGCGAUGCAAGGAGAUAGAAUGGAUUAUGAUGACGACGAUGAUGUAGAUUAUGAUUUCGUAGCGCCGCCUAUACUUACAUAGAACGCAUUACAUACGUUGUUUUCCCCCUUUCCUGCUGAAACCACCCGGGUGUCACAUGGCAUGCCAACGAUCCAGCGGUUGUACAAAUAUGUAGCCAAUAUCCCCGCAUUGCACAUUCCUUGG